GAGGUAACGCCCCUGCGGUGACGGACACGGGGGUGGGUGCGUCCUCGAGACAUGUAAACAUUGCGGUCACUUCGAUUUUUUCGUAACCACAAUAAAAAUGAUUUACCAGGACUCUUUAGGAUGAAACUCUGAAAUUGCCCGGAAAACGGAAGCAGCAUGAGAUUGACCCCUUCGAGGAUUCUGUUCACCUUGAUUAUCUUCGUUUUGAUUUUGACAACCUGGCUUAUAAUAAGCCAUAGUGGUCCUGACCACUACAUUGCUCAAAAUUGCCAAAACUCUGAAGAAUUUCAGGAUGCUCUGCACAAGCUUGCCAAGGACACCCAUGACCUACUGACAGGGCUAGGCUUGACCCAUGCCUUGUGCUAUGGCGCCCUUUGGGGUCAGAUUCGAAUGUCUCGAACCCUUCCUUGGGAAAACGACGUCGAGUUCUGUGUGCUCAACGAAGAGUUGAUGCAAAAGGACGAGGCCUCGAUCUUCAGCACCUUCAGACGAAAGCAGCUGCAGUUGUCUUACGACUCUGUGGACGGAAUCUACACCGUGACCAAUGUGGCCGUCGAGCCAACUUCCGAUCUGGCCAGGGCAGUUGUGAAGCUGAUUGUGUUUGAGGAGGACAGCAAGACGGCCAGGGUGCCCGGCAGCAAGGGCAUGUUGCGCAGGGUGGGGUGGAAGAGAAGGGUGAUGCCCCCUGACUGCGAAGGAAUCGCAAUACUCGAAUGCUUCCCACCAAAUCUAGUCACUCCACCGCUGCCCGAGAGAAACUUCGGCGGCUUUUUUAUGCCAGUGCCGAGGGAAGGGGUGGAAAUUCAGAAAUAUCAUUACAUCGACAACUGGUGGAAAGAAGUGAUACCAAAGAAUUGUUAGUGAGUCCUCGUAGAUUAGCUGCUGUUUAAAAAAAUUUUGCAUACAUCUAAGUACAUAAUAAAUCCAGACAAAUUUCCAUUAAUCUGCGUUAGUUUU